AUGCCCCGCUUCUCAAAAGAGUUCAGCCAGCCACGGAUAAUGAUAUCGUCAACUCGCCGUAAUGGAAGCAGUCGGUACACGUCUGCUAUUCUCGGGAUCGCAGCCACCGGGAUCCAUCGUUCCAUUAAGCUCAUAUCAUUUACUAGCCAGGUCAAGUCCGCACAAGAUGAUAUCACCGACAUCGCCGAAAAUGUCUCCUUGAAUACGAGUAUAUCUGCAGCAGUUGGCUGGGCUGGCGACAAUGAAACACCCCAGCCAAAACUACCCGCGGUGCCUACCAUCCACGACCUCAGCAACAAAGAUCAUAAUGACAACCAGACCACGGCACCUCGGACGCAGCAGUCGUAAUCAAGCUGGCUAAUAAUUGCAAGCAAAUCUUCAGCAACCUGUACCAAGCCCUGCAACAGACCUGCAGACAGACGAGUGCAGACACUGAAGGUAAAAUUAGAUUGACUCGGACGGAGAUUGUCAACUGGUCGUUCUACAAGCUGCAGAUGGACAGCAUGCGGGCACAGUUGAUG